AUGAAGAAAGUGGUGGUGAAGUUGGAUUUGCAUGACGAUAAAGCAAAACAGAAAGCCAUGAAAUCAGUUUCUGGCCUUUCAGGCAUUGAUUCAAUCGCCAUGGACAUGAAAGAGAAGAAGCUGACAGUAGUUGGUGACAUAGACCCAGUGGAUGUUGUGAGCAAAUUGAGAAAAUGGCACACUGAGAUUCUAACCGUGGGGCCGGCGAAAGAGCCGGAGAAGAAAAAAGACGACGGAAAAAAAGACGAUAACAAGAAGAAAGAAGACGAGAAGAAGAAAGAUGCAAAUGAACAAAUUGCUGAGCUUGUGAAGCAAUAUAGAGCAUAUAAUCCUUACAUGACUACAUAUUAUCAUGUUCAAAGUGUUGAAGAGAAUCCUAAUGCUUGUGUUAUUUGUUGA